UGACCAGAUAUAAUUUCGCUCAAACUGUAGUAAUUUCUUUUCAAGGUUCUUAAUAAAAUCGUUUUUUUUUUUUGGACUAAUGCUUUGCAACCCUAAAUUUAAUUACUCGUCUUCCUCUUCUCUUCACUCUUCCACAACAAAGAAUCACUCACCGCAAACCACCCCCUUUCUGCGCUCCGCCGUCCUCCGCCGCGACUUCAAUUUCUUCUUUCCGUAACCACUGUCAAAUAUUUGCAGGCGCAGGCCGCGCGGCACUCUUCUUCCGCCGCGACAGGGGGCUAUUGCACCCCUCCUGCUACUUAAUUGAGUCUGGAAGUGUGCGAGCGAGAUGGUUAGAUCUGAUUCACAAAAAGAGAUACUCGGAAAUACUAAUGAAAUGCCGCUGGAGGAUUUCUUGGAUGGCACUUCAGCGAGGACGAGACCGCUGAGUUAUGAUGACAUAAUGCUUAGAAGGAAAAACAAGGCAGAUGCAGCACAAGUAGUAUCCAGCAGCUCUGGAGCAGCUGAUAAAGAAGUAGCACAAGACAACGUGGAGAGGGCAUCUGAUAUUCCUGAAUGUCAUCCGCGGAUAAGUGACGAUUCAAAACCACUGGUUGAGAGCACAACCAUAAAUGAUCCUGUGAAGGUAAGGUCUGGGAGAAAAGCGGAUACUAAUGCUUCUAGAAAGAAUGAGAAUUCGGUCCAGGAUAAUGAUGACCGAUCUCUAUAUCCAGAUGUCAAGUCAAAGGAGAAAGGAGACAGGAUUCCGAGGCGCAAUAGAGUGUCAGAAGAAAAGUUUGAGGGAAGAAAUCAUGCCAGCAGAAGGAAAGAUGACCUCUUAAGUGUUAAUUCUGAUAAUGGACUUGACAAGAGGAAAGAUAGUGAACCGUAUAAACAGGAUAGAGGACUUGACAAGAGGAAAGAUGGUGAAUCAUAUAAACAGGAUAGAGUUUCUGAAAGAAGCAGAGUCAAAUCUGAAAUAGUAAAAGCACAACCAGAUAAUAAGGAGAGACAGGUUUACAGAAAGAGGAAAACUGAGAUAGACAGUGAUUCUGAUAAUGAGCAUAAGAAAAGAAAUGUGAGAGAUGCGAGGCAAACAGAUAACUUAACUGCCAGAGUCAGAGAGAAAUCUGUAAAGGAAAAGAAACACAAACAUCAUCCCGAAGAAGAUAAAUCUAGAGGCAGGGAUAAUGUUAAAAGGAAUGAUUCUGUAAGAAAAGGACCAGAACCAACACGGGCCCAUCUUGAAGAAUCCAGGUCAAAAAGAAGACGGUCACGGAGCAAAGAUCGUGAGAAAGACAGAGGUCGAAGAUCUCUUUCACAAUCACCAAAGGCUUACAAGCACACAUCGAAAGAUAAAAGGGAGCUUGCAGAACUACCAUCUCAUUCUACAAAAGACAAAUCAGGAAGAGAGCAUUCUAAUGUUGAUAACAAGAGGAUACCCAGUAAUGGAUCUAAUAGUCACUACAGGCGUAAUACUAACAAUUCGAGUGGUCUCGGAGGCUAUUCACCUAGAAAGAGGAAAACAGAGGCUGCUGCUAAAACUCCUUCACCAACUCGUCGUUCUCCAGAGAAAAGAGCUGCCGGAUGGGAUUUACAACCUGCUGAAAAAGAGAGUGUGAUGGCUACAUCAACUCUUUUCAAUUUGAAUGCUGCGAGCCACAAAUUACCAUUGUAUAAUAUGGAGUACCCCAGUAUAACUCCCGUGGCUCCUACAGUGGUGAAGCCUAUUGGAAUUUCUCUUCAUGCCAUAUCUUCACAGCUGCAUGCUGUUGAGUCGAUUCAGCUAACUCAAGCGACAAGACCUAAGAGGAGGCUUUACAUAGAAAACUUGCCUGUUUCAGCAUCUGAGAAAGAUUUAAUAGAAUGCAUUAACAAGCGUUUGCUGUCAUCUGGUGUUAACUAUGUUCAGGGGACCCAUCCCUGUAUCAGCUGUAUAAUAAAUAAGGAGAAGAGCCAAGCACUUUUGGAGUUUCUGACCCCUGAGGAUGCUUCUGCUGCUCUUUCUUUAGAUGGAAUGUUCUUUUCUGGUUCCAAUCUUAAACUCAGGCGCCCCAAGGACUAUGCUAAUGUAACUACUGGUCUUUCUGACAAAUCUGUGGGUGGUGUUGAUUCAAUCAGUGACAUUGUAGAAGAUUCACCCAACAAGAUCUUUAUUGGUGGCAUAUCAAAACUUUUUACUUCUAGAAUGCUUUUGGAGGUCGCUAGAGCCUUUGGACCCGUGAAAGCAUUCCACUUUGAGUUUAUUGCUGAUACAAAUGAACCAUGUGCAUUUCUCGAGUAUGUUGAUCAUUUAGUUACUUCAAAGGCAUGCGCUGGUCUUAAUGGUAUGAUGUUGGGUGGACAAGUCCUAACUGCAGUACUUGCUACUCCGGAACCUGAUUUGGUAGGGGAAAAUGUUGGAAGACUGCCAACUUAUGAGAUCCCUGAGCAUGCAAAGCCACUUAUCAAGAAGCCUACAACAGUUUUAAAGCUGAAGAAUGUGUUCAAUCCCGAAUACCUCAUUUCAUUGCCCGAAUCGGAGCUAGAAGAAAUAUUGGAAGAUAUAAGACUGGAGUGUUCCAGGUUUGGUAUGGUGAGAUCUAUUAAUGUUGUCAAGAAAACAGAUGCUUUCGACACCGUGGAAUGUAAUGAGGUAAGUAACACAAGUGCUUGUACUGAUGCAUAUGACUUUGACUUUGCAAAUAGGAGCCAUAGAGUCGAACAACUCAGUGAGAGUACUUCUGGGCUUAGAGAGGUUGAGAAAUCAGAACCUCUCGAGGCCCCGAAUGAACUUGAGAAUAAUAGUCGGACUUUGGAAGAAAAAAGUGGUUGCGAUAAUAUUGCUGGUUUAUCUGAUGUGUCAAGUGGAUCACUUGAACCCGAGAAUGUUGCAAGAGAUGAAGUUUGUGAACUACCACUCAAUGGUGAAGAUGCUUCUUUCGAAGAACCCCCGAGCCAAUCAGAUGCUGAGCUGAUAAGCAAUUGCGAUAAUCCUGGUUCGACUUCUGUGAUGAACCAUGAACUUGAAAACAAGCCUUCUACCGAACACUUGAUAUCAGAGGACCAGAAUGCAAAACUACCGAGUUCUAAGGAAGCGUUGCAAAUAGAAGAGAGAAACGAAUCGGCAAACGUUGAGUUGGACAGAAAGCAAUUAGAUGCUGCAGGGGAAGGCGAUGGAAACGAUGUAUUUGUGGAUCUCGGGCUUAUCUUUGAGCCGGGCUCUGUAAUUGUUGAAUAUAGAAGACCGGAAGCUGCUUGUGUGGCAGCGCAUUGUCUACACCGACGAACAUUUGAUGGUCGUGUUGUGACCGUGGAAUACGUUGGCCACGAUUUGUACCAGAUGAGGUUCCGCAGGUGAGAGAAGCCCGACGUCGUGAAACGAUACGGGCGUUGCUCGUUGAGGAGGGUGCAGAACUGAUGGUGAGAAGCAGCUUUUGCGUUGAGUCCCAUUGGGGCUCUGCUUAACUCUUGAUUUUGCUCAUCACUCAGUAUAGCCAUUUCCAUUGCUAAGUAGAAUUGGUUGACACCUGAAAUUGUGAGUCAUGUAAAACACUACAUUUUACCUUUACUAGUAGUUUUUACUACCAGAAAUUGAGGGCA